CUCUCCCCUUUCCCUCCUAGCACUCGAGGCUCGCGGCACCCCGCGCCGAGCACCGGCGAUGGCGGGCCCCCGGCGGCUGCUGCUGGGCAUGGCCGGCCUCGCGCUGCUCCUCCCGGCUGCGGUCCAAACGCCGGAUCCGGCCCCGUCGGGCUGCGGCAAGGAGCUGUCGCCGCUGUACCACGCUCUGUGCGACCUGUCGGCGCCCUGGGGCGUGGCGGUGGAAGCCGUGGCCAGCCUGGGCAUCGUGACCAGCUUCGUGCUCGCCAUCGUGCUGGUGGCCAGCCUGCCCUUCGCCCAGGACCCCCGCAAGCGGAGCCUGGUGGGCACCCAGGUCUUCUUCCUGCUGGGCACCCUCGGGCUCUUCUGCCUGGCCUUCGCCUUCGUGGUCGGCCGGGAUUUCUCCACCUGCGCCGCCCGGCGCUUCCUCUUCGGCGUGCUCUUCGCCGCCUGCUUCUCCUGCCUGCUGGCUCACGCGCUCAGCCUCAACCUGCUGGCACGGCGCAACCGGGCGCCGCGGGGCUGGGCCACCUUCACGGUGGCCGCGGCGCUGGCGGCCGUGGAGGCCAUCAUCAACGCCGAGUGGCUGCUGAUCACGGUGGUGAGGAACGGGGGUGCCGCCCCGGACCCCUGCGCCAUGGCGAACGAGGACUUCGUGCUGGCGCUGCUCUACGUCAUGCUGCUGCUGCUGGCCGCCUUCGUGGUGGCCUGGCCCCCGCUGUGCGGCCGCCACGCGCACUGGAGGAAGCACGCGGUCUUCAUCCUCCUCACCGCCGCCCUCUCGGCAGCCAUCUGGGUGGUCUGGAUCAUCAUGUACGUCUACGGCAACCGGCAGCGCGGCACGCCGGGCUGGGACGACCCCACGCUGGCCGUCGCCCUGGUCGCCAACGCCGGCGUCUUCCUCCUGCUCUACGCCAUCCCCGAGGUGACGCACGUGACACGCCCGGGCCCCGAGCAGACCUACGAGGACGACGGGUACCCGACGCGGGGCGUGGGCUACGAGACCAUCCUCAAGGAGCACAAGGCUCAGAGCAUGUUUGUGGAGAACAAGGCUUUCUCCAUGGACGAGCCCGCCUCAGCCAAGAAGCCCGUGUCCCCAUACAGCGGGUACAACGGGCAGCUCCUGACAAGCGUGUACCAGCCCACCGAGAUGGCUCUGAUGCACAAGGGGCCGCCCGAGAGCCCCUACGAUGUCAUCCUGCCCCGUGCCACGGCCAACAGCCUGGCCAUGGGCAGCGCCAACUCCACCCUGCGUGCCGAGGACGUCUACGCCGCCCAGGCCCGGCAGGCCGCGGGCCCCAAGGACGGCAGGGGCCAGCAGACGCAGUCCCCGUACGGCAAGAGCAGGUGGUAGCGGCCCGCGCCCCGAAUCCUGCAGUGCCGCCCGCCCCGUGCCUCUGCGGAGGGGCCACCGAGCCACGCCUUCCCCCUUGCCCCCCGCAGCCACGCCAGGGGUCAACGCUGGAGUGCCCGGCAGGCCUGA